UUAUCGUCUCCCUGCUCCACUUGCAUGCAGCAGUACACGUUAGCAAGUAUGGAGCCAGAUCUGGCCAGCAAAGUGUGUUCUCGACUCUCCGAAGCCUGGUCUGGGCACCCUGGAGAACACUACCCAGAUUUUCUUGUAGAGGUCGACCAGCACAUUUUCCCUUGUCAUCGGUUUAUUCUAGCAGCCACUUCUGGCUUCUUCAGGGGGCUCCUCCGAUCAAAUAUGAAAGAGACUUUGGAUAAGAAAACACGUAUCUACGGCAUCAGCGAGUCAACUUUCCGCCUGAUUCUUGACAGGAUCUACUGUUCUAAAAAUGUCAUCACUGGCGAAAACGUGAUUGAAUUGUGGCAGGCUGCCAACCAAUUAGACAUUGACUUUCUUGUUGCUGAGUGCGAGGACUUUGUCAUGAGUACCCUGUCGUUUUACAACUGGUAUAACACCUAUGUCUAUGCUAGACAUUUAUGUUCGGCGCGUGUUUCCAAAAGCACGUGGGCCUUUAUGUUGGCAGAGUUUGAUACCAUCGUUCAAGGUCACAUGUUCCUUAACCUUUCACCCGAAGAUGUGUGCGGACUUCUUAACAGUGACGUUCUUCUUUCGGCCUCUGAGGACAAAGUCAUCAUUGCUGUUUUAAAGUGGGUUCUCAACGACUCUCUGUGGGAAGACUGCCCGCCCCAGCGAGAAGACCAAAAGGCUGUUGCUCCUGGCACACGAAAGGACAGAAACGAAACCAGGUAUCUGCAAUCAUCGGAGAAACUGAGGGAAGAGCAACGGGACAUCGAUAACGUUGAAAGACUCUGUCAAGUUUUGUCUGAAACACAUAAACAAUCUACAUGUCCCGACAAAAUGUUAACCGCAGAUUCUUCCUUAUCUUCUGCUGACGUUGAAUCGUCUGCUUCGAGCAUAUCUGGAAUCUGUGACGUCUCUGGGGGCGAGUCCAGUAGUGCUGCUGGAAGGAUAGAGCAUCUAUGUCGUCUAGUCUGUGCUUGCCGGCCCAGGCUGGCGAGCGACGGGUGUCUGCGGGCGUUGAUGAACAUGCCGUUAGUGAUGGUGCACCAAGAGGCCAGAGACAAGGUCCUGGAGGCAGUCGCUGACAGGUUAAUGGCUGGUGGGAAGAAACACAGACACCGAAACAAGCGCAGGGCAGAGAGAAGAUGUGCUCCAGGGACCGGGAUCGAUUCUUCACACACGAAGACCAAAUCGGCCAGUGCUGCAGCUGCUAACCAGCAGGGAGCAAGAAUUCAGUUUCACAAUCUGAGGGCGGGCUCGAGAGCAAGCUGGGGAGAAUGGGCGCACAACACGCUCGGUAUGAUACACAGGGGGUUUAAGGAUUUUUGACUCGAAGGCAUUUAUUUA